AAUUAAAAAAUAGGAGAGAUAGAUAAAUAGAAAAAAUAGAUUAGAGCAGUUGCAAACAAAAUGGCAUUUAGUUCAAAGACUUCUUACUAAAUUUAUUACGAAGAGCAGUGUAAAAUCUACAAGUAAAAAGGUAUUACAGGAAAUGAAGCUGCUAAGCUUAUAGGAAAAUAAUGGAGCAGCCUCUCUCCUUAGGAGAAAAAACCAUAUGAUGAUAAAAAGAAGGAGUAUGAGUAAUAAGUAUUAAGAGAAUAAAAAGUCAUGAAGGACUUUUAAAAGAAGAGCUAACAAGAUAAUCAACAAGCUAACAAUAAAUCUAAUGCUACUUAGAAAAAUGUAAAUGAUGAAAAACAAAACAGCUAAUAAAAACAAGGAAAUAUUAAGAAAUUUAUGAAGGAAGAUCUUCAAAAAGAAAAGUAAGAUAUUCACAAAAAAGUUAUUAUCAAAAAGGUUGAUAGCUCAGGAAAAGUAUUAUCAUCCAACUCUUAGUAGCCCUAAACUUAAAGUCAGUAAUCAGAAAAGUAAAAACCUUCGAAUUAGCAGCAAAAAAAUACUCAAGCUAAUAAAGCAUCUGAGUAAAAGUAAUAGAAUAAUAAUAAUAAUAAUCAAAACUCUCAAGAAAAGAAGGUCUAAAAACCAAAAGAGUAAUAGCAAUACUUUUAGAUGAACAGUGAAUAGGAAAAUCUUAGAAAAUCUAAUCACUAAAUUUAUAUUGAUUUCUACAAAGAGAGACUUGCUUUUUACUAAAAACGCUUCCCAUAGAGAACAGCAAAAGAAUUAACUCAAGUAGUUAAAGAAGAGUGGGACUGCGUUAAACUGCAAAGUAAAAUUCAAUAAAAAAAUUAAAAAAAAGAAGUAAAAUAAAACAAGGAAGUUUAAACAGUUUAAAAAGAAGGGAAAAAAAUAGUUGAAAUUGAUGGUAAACAAUUAGAAGUCCCUAAAAAACCUCUUUCAGGAUAUCUCAGAUACUAUUAAGAAGUUUAGCAUAAGCUUAAAUUAAAAAAUCCAGAUUAAGCUUAAAAUGAAAUUGCUAAAUUAGCUAGUGAUUAAUGGAAGGCUUUGUCAAAAGAAUAAUAAGAAUAAUACAAUAGUUAAUAUCGUAAAGAAUAAUUGGAAUAUACUAAUAAAAUAAAUGAAAUCAAAUAAAAAUAUAAUAUCGUACCUGUUGGAACAAGCUAAAAGAAAACUAAAAAGAACUCUAAAAACUUUAUUAUCGUAGAUAACUAAAAAGUUUUCUAUCCUUUGAGACUUGGAGGCUAUUUUGUAUAUUAAAGAGUUGCCAGGGAACAAUUAAGUAAAUAAAAUCAUAAUCGUGACUCGAGAGAGAUUUCUUCAAUUAUAGGAUAAACAUGGAAGUAGAUGUCUGAGCUAGAAAAAUAAUACUAUGAAAAUUAAAGUGAAGUUGAAUACUAGGAGCAAAAGAAAAACUUUAUAGAAAAAUAUGGAGAGUUCCCUGAAUAAGAAGUUAAAAUAAAGCAAAAACCUAGUUAAAAAAUUGAGUAAAGCCAGUCUAAAAAGAUUAAUCAAAAAAGAAAAGCUCCUUCUUAAAAAGCAGAACCAGAAAUUUCCAGUGAAGAAAAGGAAGAAUAAAUUAAGAAAAAGUAUGAAAGAAAAAUGAGAAUAAAUUAUGAUGAUGUUGAAAGUGAAAUUGAAGAUAUUUACAGUGACAUAGAAAAGGAUUAAAAGAAAAAAUAAACUAGAGUUUAAUACCAAGACGAAACAGAUCAAGAAGAAGAAGAAGAUGAAAUUUAAGAUCUUAGAAAAUAGAAUUUAAACAAUAGAACAUAGUAAAAAACAGGAAAAGAAGAAAAUUUUGAUGAAAUAGAAAAAUAAUCUACAAAAAAUAAAAAAAUUAAAACUGAAAAAAGAAAUUCUUCUGUGCCUAAACCAGGUUCUGCUUCUAAAUAAACGAAUCGUUUGUUUGAAAUGUUGAAGCAACCUAUAUAAGCACCAGAAGGUUUUGAUUUUUAAUUUGAAUGA